GAAUCGAAUCGAAUCGAAUCGAAUGAUUUCAAUCAAUCGAUCGAAUCGAAACCAAAUCGAAUAGGCGCCGAUUGAAGGCGCCAAUUUUCAAAAAGCCCUCCAAGAGUUGUGCCGGCGACUGACACUCUCCGACAAAGGGUGCAAAUGCUCGAGCGUCAUUCUGCACUCUUCUCACAAUAUAUCACAAUUCCUUUCUUCGCUCGGCCAAAAAAGCAUCAAAGCAUCGAGACAUCAAAGCAUCAACGCAUCCAAAGCAUCAAACCAAACAAUCACACCAUCAUUCAACAACAAAAAUGGUUCGAACCAAGCAAACCGCGCGCAAGUCCACUGGAGGCAAGGCUCCCCGGCGGCAGUUGGCCACCAAGGCGGCCCGAGCUGCUGCCCCUCAGCAAGGAGGUGUCAAGAAGCCCCACCGAUACCGCCCUGGAACUGUUGCUCUCCGUGAGAUCCGUCGCUACCAGAAGUCGCCUGACUUGCUGAUCCGCAAGCUUCCCUUCCGGCGCCUUGUUCGGCAGAUUCUAAUGGGUAACAACACUGGCCUCCGAUACCAACCACCUGCAGUUCUUGCCCUCCAGGAGGCUUCGGAAGCCUACUUGGUUGGGCUGUUUGAGGAUACGAAUCUCUGUGCUAUUCACGCCAAGCGCGUGACAAUCAUGCCCAAGGAUAUGGUUUUGGCCCGUCGCAUCCGAGGGGAGCGAAUUGAAGACGACGAUGAUUCCGGUAACAAUGACAAUACUGGUACCGGGCCCUAAGCUUGGUAAUCGCAUCCGGGGAGAGCGUUCUUCAUUUCCAACAACAAACCA